AUGGCACAGAACCAAGAAGUGUUGUGCUGUCAUUGCGAGCGUGCAUUUCCUAAUCGUCUGGCACGAGAGCAACACGUUUCUCGGGUCCAUCAAAAAAGCACGCGAAUCACAUUAAACGGACAAGUGAUUAUCCAACACCGAAACGAGGACGGGUACUUUCAUUGCCCUGUCGACGGAUGCCUCUACCACCAUCAACGCGCAAACACCCUCAAGUCUCAUCUCCGGCACAACCAUGAGAACAUGCCGACUUCAGUACCGGCUGCGCCUGCCGCCUGCCCUCCUAAUCGUCAAAAACCUGCUCGGACGCGCACGAAAAAACGUGUGGUCAAGCUUGAUGAACAGCACGGCAUUGCCGCGGCGCGAAUUUUCAUGGACGAGAUUGGGUGCCUUGUAUCCCCCGUCUUUGAGUCUCCAGUGUGCACGCAGUGCGGUCAUGUCCUGAGAGGCAGGGUGACGCAUCAUCUGUUCAAAAAGCACCAUGUGCGGUGCAGCCAAGAAGAUAUUGAUGCAGCCAUGGCACUCCUGCGCCCGCUGCAGCCCGAGGAGCCACCGAUCGACCUUGGGGCAGAAUCUGAGCCUCGUAUGCCCAUUGAAGGCAUCCCCAUUCUGGACGGUGUGGGGUGCCCCCUGUGUCAGGCAUGCUUCACGACAAAAGGCAGUCUGUGGAAUCACAUCGUAGCUGAGCAUCCCGACGAACCAGAGGCCAAGCAGCCGCCUCGACGAGUCAAGCUGCAAAAGCCGCUGCGCGGUGCUGGAGCCCGCUGUGUCGAGGUCAUUGUCGAAGAAAGCCACGACGCCUCGGCAGCCGACGUCAGCGAGAACGAAGAGGAGCUCGAGGAGCAGCAGCGGUUCAAGCAGUUUAUCUCAAGCACCCAGGCCAUGGCCUCAGAGGCUGAGGAUAAGCGAUGCCCGCACGGCGUUCACCAGAUGCAUCCGUUCUACGACAGCGUGGGCAUGACGCUGGUCAUCAACGAGCUGAAGCCAGAGCGUAUGGUCGAACUGGGCCACAACACACCGUCGGCACUCCUCGAGUCGGGCAUGCAUGAGCUAUUCUGGACGGCCUACGAGCAGCUAUCGGAUCAGGGCCUGGCCGCCGCUGCGGUGACGCGUCUGUUUGACGACAAUGAAGGGCAGUAUCGGCAUCGCCCCAUGCGGCAAGUACAGCCGCAAACCGUCAGCAGGUACCUGAGUCUUGGGACACGCCUGGUCCAAUUUUUGCUGCUGCUGGAGGCCAUGCCAGCCCCCGAUCCGUCCAGCUUUCUGGGCCAGGCUGGAGUCGACGUCGAUAUCCGAGCCGAUGGCGACGUGACGGACGAGACGCUGCGCACCAUUGUCUGUCGAGGCAUUGAGCUCAAUGUGGAGGAGCUCGGGGCCGCAUUGGAGCAGAUGCGCAAAGACAUGACGGAAAUAUUGGACAAGCAACUCUUGCUGGACUCACGCCUGCGGAAAGAUUACGAGAAAGAAUAUGAGCGGCUGCGAUUGAAGGAGGAUCGGACCAACAGGGUCAAGAACUGGUGGGUGGGCCAUGGCAGUCCAGCCGAGAACGUGCUGUUUGAUCACAUUGGCCAGACCCCGAGUCUGCGGCAAGAGUUUAUCCAAACGGAGCAUGGGCCCGGUGGCGAGCUGACCUUUCGAGAGGACAGGGUGCGGACAUGGCUCCUAUAUGUGUGCAGGUUCAACGAGCUAGCACUCACCUACACGCACAUUGCCGGAGGUCUGCCGCCACGAGCCUCUGUGUAUCAAGGGCUGUCCUAUAAAAAUGGCGUGGGCCGGCAGCGAGCCGCGUUUUUUGCCGAGAAGCAGCUCUCCAUAUUGACCCGCGUGAGCAAGACCUACUGGCUGUCCCUGAACGAACAGCACACCUUUCGAUACAUGGACCAGGAAAUCAGCACGCUGAUAUUCAUGUAUUUGCUGCUGUGCAAGCCUCUGGAGCACAUGCUGAGCAGCUGGCUGCAAAAGCGGGGCAGCCUGAAAACCCCCGACGACGAGAAUGGCAUUCACAAUGCCGAGCAGGACGACGAAGAUUUGCUCGACGACGAGCUGGAUGAAGACCACAUGAGCCACGACGAGACGAUGACAUUGCGACGCGAGGUCCGGGACGCUCGAAACCACUACAACAACAGCCACCUGCUCUUCAACAUUGCGCCCCUGCAGACGAUGCGGGCCUAUGCACGCACAGCCAGUGACCAUGUGCAAACCAAAAUGUCGUCGCGACUGAUGCAUCAAGUGGCCUCGCAAAAAUGGCAUGCUUUGUUUGGACUAGAUCGCAAGCGCAGCAUAGCCGAGUUGACCGCGAACCAAGAAGCAUUGGAAGCUCGCUAUCCCAUCAGCUGGAACCCGGUGACUGACCUCUCGCCCGAGGCAAACGGGCGUAUCAUCAUGAACACGAGGGCCGAGCAUGACGUACCCUACAUGACCCAGCUGGCCAAGCAGGCGAGCAUCUCCUGGGGCCACAGUUUCAACAGCCAAGAACACUACCGAGAUGUGAUGGACGAAGUCGCAGCCAGUGUGGGUUCUGGCGGAUGGACCAACAUCAAACGCGUGGCGUUGACGGGCACACUUUGCAUCGGGGACCAGGAGCAUCUGUUUCGAAAGCUGGGGCAGCAAGUGGGGGGCAAGGUGUACCGUCUGGAGACGAUGCGUCGCGAUCUGCAGCUGCGUGUGCUUCACGGAAACCAGCCAAACUUUUUAUCGCAUGUGCAAGCCAUUGUGGACACGCAGCGUAACAUGUGUCAGGCGAAUGGGAAGCGUGUGCACAUGAUGGUCUUUUGUGACACCAUGAACGAGGUGAAGCUGCUGUGUGACCAGCUGCACGCAUACGGCUACGUGGCCUUGCCCUACUACACCGACCUGGAGGAGAAGGCGCAAAAGGACCAUGUGGCACAGUGGCAACGGGGUGAAUGCGACGUCAUUGUGGCCACCAGCUGCCUCAGCACGGGUGUGGAUCUGCUCACCAUUCGCCGCGUGUUGUAA